AUGGGCAUCAAAAUUUUCAUUAUUUCCUCUAUCCUAAUCUCAACAUUCUUCUUCUUUGUUCUUUACAUUCCAACCAAAAAAUUAACCACACCAAUUACCUCAAACUUUUUCCCUCAAAAUCCAACAAUCCAAAACUUCAACAUCUCAAACACAAACAAAACAUAUCCAAUCACUUUUGCAUACUUAAUUUCAGGCUCAAAAGGAGAUUCAAUGAAGAUCAAAAGAUUGUUGAAGGCUUUGUAUCAUCCAGGAAACUAUUAUCUAAUUCAUAUGGAUCAUGGUGCACCAAAGAAAGAUCAUAGAGAUUUGUUUGAAUAUGUGAGUAAUGAAGGUCUUUUUGGUGAAGUUGGAAAUGUUUGGAUUGUGAAAAAAAGCAAUUUUGUUACAUAUAAAGGUCCAACUAUGCUUUCUACUACUCUUCAUGCAAUGGCUAUUCUUCUUAGGACUUGUCAAUGGGAUUGGUUUAUUAAUCUUAGUGCUUCUGAUUAUCCUUUGGUAACACAAGAUGAUCUGAUACAAGGCUUUUCUGGGGUUCCAAAGGAUAUUAAUUUCAUUCACCAUAGCAGUCAUUUGGGUUGGAAAUUCAAUAAGAGAGGGAAGCCAAUAUUUAUAGAUCCAGCCCUUUAUAGCAAAAAGAAAUCAGAGAUUUGGCAGGUUACAAAGCAGAGGAGUCUUCCAACAGCUUUUAAACUCUACACAGGUUCAGCUUGGACAAUGCUAUCAAGAUCAUUUGUUGAGUAUUGCAUCAUAGGAUGGGAAAAUUUGCCAAGAACCCUACUUCUAUACUACACAAAUUUUGUGUCAUCUCCAGAAGGAUAUUUCCAAACAGUUAUAUGCAACUCUAAACACUACAAAAACACAACAGCUAAUAGUGAUCUACACUACAUUACUUGGGACAAUCCUCCAAAACAACAUCCAAAGUCUCUAACAAUCAAAGAUUAUAAGAAAAUGGUUUUAAGCAAUCGUCCAUUUGCUAGAAAGUUUAAGAAAAAUGAUAGUGUGCUUGAUAAAAUUGAUAGAGAGCUUUUGAGAAGAAAUCAUGGACAAUUUUCUUAUGGAGGUUGGUGUUCCUCAUUAUCACAAAGUGGAAAGUAUAGAACAUGUCAUGGUUUGAAAAUUGAGAAUUAUGGUGUUCUUAAACCUAGUUUGGCAUCAAAAAAGUUGAAAAGUAUGCUCUCAAAUAUUCUUUCAUUUAAGAAUUUUCACAAACAACAAUGUCGAUAA